GUGACUGUGAGGAGACGUGAGAAUCCAACUAAACUUCCUUCAUAGCUCAACAUGUUCAGCCGCCCCCUGUCCGACUGUCCCACGAUGACAUGGGUACUGUGGUGUUUUUUCCUGGUGCUGAGGUUGUGCGUCAUAAACACAGCUGCUGAAAGUCCAACCGUGACCAAGAACUACAUCUACCAUGCAGGCAGAAAGUCAAACGUCCAACUCCCUUGCAACCACCCAUUCCCCGCUCCACGCAUCGUAACGAUCCAAUGGUAUUCAGGUCCUGAUGUUAUUCUGAAUGUUGACAGUUCCGGAGUGAAAGACGAUUAUGAGACGCCCCUGAAGGGCAGAAUCCAGUUCACAGGGAAUGACUCUUCCAUACGCAUCGAUGACCCGAGGAGCUCGGAUGCCGGGAUCUACAAAUGCACGGUGAGCUCCUUGAAUGAAAGCUUUGUGGCGGCGGUGAGGCUGACAUUCCGGGACGACUGGAUGGAUGUUGUGUGCACCGUGGAAGGGGAGCCGGUGGCGGGAAAUGCGGUGACGCUCGGAUGCAGAUCCAUGUACGUCACCAAGACCACGUACACCUGGACCAAGAUCAGCGGAAACCGGAUGUCUGACGCCAAUGCGGAAGCCACCAGUGGGCAAAAACUGAUAAUGGAUCAAAUCACAGAGGACAACUGUGGACGAUAUCGCUGUACGGCCAAAAGGCACUACGUACCUUCUUCUCCUGACGGCCAUCAUGAGACCCAAAACUGUGACAUCAUACUCGAGUGUCCAUCAUCGCCAACGACCACAACCCGUGACGGCGAUGACGGCGUUCCGGUUCCAGUAGUUGCCGUGACGACCGUCAUGCUCGCGCUGGCUGUCUUCUGCGCUCUGGCUGCCGCCUGGUACUGGUCCAGGAGACAUCGUGGAGAGCUGAUUAUCGAUGACACCAUGGAGGUGUCGUCUAUGUGGUCCAGGGAGGUGGAGGCCUUCGGAGACCAGGGCGAGGUGAAUUGGGACGGUCCCGGCUUGGAAAAACUUCAGUGUUUGGAUCCGCCCAUUUCUGGAGAUACCGCCGUUAGCUCUGCAAAAUAGAGAAGAUGGAAAGCUGUUGUUGAUGUUGAUGAUGCAUUCAGGGGCUUUGAGCAGGAAAAAAGGAACCCAUCUCUAUCUGUGAAGGAAUAGUCCAAUUUGGUAUUUCUAUUGUUUACAUGCAUACUUCAUGUCUUCCCUAAUCUAAUAUUCCAAGUGUAUUUGAC